GAGAAUUAUUUCUUCUUGCAGCUGAAAACCAUUUAAACUGCCUAGCUUAAAUGGGAAAUGCGCAGAGUUCAAACAGUUCGAUGAGACUGUCACACAAAGAAUUUACUUAGGGUUGCGAUUCUUCCGAGAGAAGACCCGACAGGAGAGAGAAAAACAAAGACAGAGACACAGAGAAAGCAGCACAGAGACCAGCCCAAGGAUAUUUAAGCGAUCUCAAUCCCCAAGAUAAGAUGCAAACUGGAGCGGCGAAUGGAGGACCACGGGUCAGCUUUAAUCGGGAUGUGCACGUGAAGCGGAUAGGCAAGCAUCCCAGUGAGUACGAGUCGGACAGCCAGCCGAGUUACCACCAGUUGCCCAAGGACAUCGAUCCCGAGGACAUUCGCAAGGAGGCCGCCCUGGUGAUCGCCCAGGCGGGCAGGCAUCACAGCAAGGCCGAGAACGGCGAUCAUAUAGCCAAUUUCCGGGCCAAGCAGAGGCGCCAAAGUCAGCCCUCAGACUUCAACUCGCUGCCCACGCGACGCAAGAAGGGCAAACCGGUAGCCCGAAGCGCCAGUGACGCCUCCACCAAGAGCACCGCCAAGAGCAAAAGGCCCUCGAUCUUUGGGCUCUUCAGUCGCAAGAGCGACUCGAAUGUCAGCCAGUUGGACAGGGAUCCGCGAUUCGAGGACGGCGGCGCCAGGCGUUUAGUGCGCAGCAAGAGUGAUGUGGGCAGCAGCAAGCUAGCCAGGAGAGCGGAACAGGAUAAGAUCAGCAGCCAGUCCAAGCAGCAGCUGAGUCCGAUUAUUGAGCAGGCGCAGCGGGAGGAUUUCUUUGAGAAGGACUACUUCCGGGAGCGGGAGCGCCGCAAAUCAGACGCCGUCACGCCGCGCGAAAAGGAUGAAGGUGGUCGCGGUCUGAGCGAACUGCUGGCCCGCAGACGCUCACAGGCGGAGCUAGACGGCCCACUGCUUCAGGGACCAUCUUCCAUAUCAGCGGGCAUUCGUGACCGCAUCGAGACACUGCAGGCCAAGUCCGGCGAGAAUAUGCACAGCUCCCAGCAGCCGGCGGAGCGUCUGCCGCUGACCAAGGGACGCACCGUGGACGGUUUAGUUAAGCGGCUGUCCAUGGAGCGCUUCUCCCCUCAGCCGGCGAUCAGUCAGCCGGCCUUCUCGUACAUCAGGCCCAACGAGGGCAUCACCUAUGCCCAGCUGGAUCUGAGCGAGGAUCAGGUACGUCGUUCUUCGCCCUUGGAUCGGGAUGUUCGCACUCCCCAGAGGGAGUUUACGCCGGCUAGACCGCCAAGAGCCAGCGAUGUGAGGCAAAGCUACUCGCCUCCGAACUCCCAAGGAGUUCCUUUGGCUCCUCUGGCCAACAGCCGGCCCAGUCACUCGAAUUCCCACUCCCAUUCACAUUCACCCUCGCCCUGGCAGCAGCUGAGUCCUCGCAAUCUGAGCGACGAGGAUGAGGGUUUGGGGUAUGAACCCCGGAAGGUCUACUACGAGGAGGAGUUUCCCUCCCGCCGGGCAGAAGCUCCCAUUGUGCCGAACAUCAGAAGCGUGAGUCCAUCGCCCUACCUGGAUGAGUUGGGUUACCGGAGGGCUCAGCUGGAGACGCGCAUCCUGACGCGGCGAUUUGGUGAGGGAGCCACCUUGGAACGUCAGUUGCCAGGCAGACCCACUCCCGAAAGGGAGCCAGAACCUCGCUUCCAUCGUCCAGUGCGCCAGGAGCUGUCCAACGAGUAUCCACCAGAGCCGAGGAACCAGGUGGACCACCCGAGUGGCUCCACGCUGCCCAGGAUGGAGAAGACCUCGCGUUAUCGGCACACCAAGUACUACGAUGACGGACAUGGAGGGGUGAAGGAGACCUAUGUAAGGGAAACACAGCGAGAUGGACAGGUGCGGGAGUCGCGACAUCGCGAACGCAUCGGGGAACGCGAGCGGGACUACAACUCGGCGGAUCGGCUGGAGCAGGAGCCCAAGAGCCUGGACUCGCAGCUGACGGAUCAGUACCGAUCCUCGCCAGAACUGCGAGCCCAGCAGACGCAGCAGCGGGAGCAUCGGGAGCAGCGGGAGGACCACUGGCAGAGCAGCCUCAAGCGAGACAAGCUGCAGCAGCGCAGCUUCGACAAGGGCGACUCCGGGAUCGAGAACGAUUUCCGCAAGGAGUCCUUCAACGGAGACUUGACCACAAGGUGGCGCAAACGCACAGUUCUGGAUGACAUAAGGGCCUGCGAGUCCUUCCUGCGCAAGGAGCGACGGGAUAGCGCCCAGCAGCGCCAGUUGCAAAGACAGUCGGUACCCUCUCGGUUGCGCCGCGAGAACAGCUACGUUUACAGGGAACGAUCGAUCGAUGAUGGCUCGCACUUCGAUCCGCAUCUGGACAAAUACCCGGUGGCCACCAGCACUUUGCGUCGUCGGGAGCAGCACUCUCAGUCACAGAGCCAAUCCCAAUCGCAGGGCCAAAAGAGCGAAGAUUCCAGCACUUUGAAGCGAAACAAGAAGCUGGGUGGCUUCGAGAAGGUGAAACAGCUGUUCACAGGCGCCGGCGGAAGCGCCAGUAAUGGCGGCAGUGGUCGCAGCAGCGGCAGCAAUGUGUCCAGUGGCAAGAAGGAUCGAAUGAGCAACGGCAACAGUAGCACCCUCAGUCGCCGCGACAAGGAUAAGGAGCGCGAGAAGGAGAGGGAGAAGGAACGAGAGAGGGAGCGCUACAUGGUCAGAGAAGAGGAAAUGCGGUCGCGGUAUCGCGAGCAUCACACCUCAGCCCAGGAGACCUCACGCGAACCAAAGACUAUCGAUAUCUCGAUGCGACGCCGUCUGUCCACGCCCAAAGCUAGUCCCCUGCUGUUGAAGCGCAGUCCGGCGGACAAGCCGCCCAAAAAGCAGCCAAAGGCGAAGGAGUCGCCGCCCGCUAAGGUCGAGAAGACGAGCUGGUUCAGAUCGCUGGACCGGCGGGUCAAGAGCAGUCCCAAGGAGCUCAAUGUGUCCGUGAAUGGACACAGUGAGACCACUUCGAGCCUGAAGCGGACCAAACGCAACCCGACAGCUGCUCCGGCCAAGAAUCUGCGCUUCUUCGGCGACACCGAUCUGGACUCGAAUCCGCCGACCAUUUCCAAGGCCACCAGUCUGCCAAGGAGUCGUCCAUCGCUGGGUCAGUCGAAGCACUCGCAGAGUGCCUACCACCUGGACCGCAGUCCUCCGCCUCCGGCACGCGACUACCGCCACACGCUGGCUGGCCAGGCUCAGGUCCAGAAUCAGAAUCCCAAACUAAAUCAGAGCGCCGGCAGUCGCCAAAGGGCCAGCUCCAUGCAGCAUCUGGACAAUGGCAGCGACGAGGUGGACUUCCGCAAGAGGCGCCACUACUCGCGCUCCCGCGAACUCCACGACAUCUCGGAGAGCGGCUCGGAGCCGGAGCCGGCGGAGCGGCACAAGCGGAGCAGCACGGCGGGUCAGCGAGCCAUGUCGCUGGAGAGGACGGUGGACGGGCCGCGUGGCCAGCGGAUGGAGGAUCGUCCGCUGAUGGGACCACCAAAGCCGGCCAGAAGUGCCGAACGCCGUGGACUGCUCAACAGUUUGGGCCAGGAGAAUGUGGGCUACGGCAGGGAUCGCUAUCCGGCCGAGAGUUCCGGCACCGAGGGCGAGUCCAGUCUGCACAGCCAGCGCAGCGUGGUCUAUCUGCACGCCACCACGGUGGGUGACAUCCCACAGCCAUACAAUCUGCGCAGGCGGUCAAUGUCACGCGAUGACCUUCGCAAGGGCAAGCAGCAGGCCCCCCAGCAGCCGCCGCCCCUCCAGCCCAUGACCCGCACCGUCUCCAGGUCCGUCUCCAUGCUGGCCCCCUGGAAGCCCAAGCACAUCAGCGAGGGCUACGAGAUCAACUACUCGCAGGAGCAGAACAAGCGGAUGUCCACACUGCCGCGGAAGCCACCACCACAUAAUGGAGCCACCAGUGCCAGCACCUUGAGCCGUCUGGGCCGCAAGAACGAGACUUCCACGUCGACGCGACGCUACCACAUGGACAAUCUGGAACGCCCGCCACCACCGCGGUCGGUGCUCUCGGCAUCGAAUUUACGCAGCACCCGGACGAAGUGACGAAGACGACCCACGAGAAGCCUCCACCCGGUGCUCCAAUGUGGAGGUCCCGAAUCCAACCACACCUAGUUGCUAGUUGUAAUCAUUAAUGCGAACUCGAAACGUAAUUCUAAUCAAUUCAAACGAUGGAAUGAAGGAGGAGGAUGCGAUGUCCUCGCUUAGUUGCGUAGGAUUCUUUAACCUUUGUUGCAAUUCUCGUCAUAUUUUAAAUGUGAAAUGUAUUCGUACUCCAGUAAUAAUUAUAAAUUAAUAAAAUAUCAGACUUUAACUUAG